AUGGUGAAACUAACAACAGAUUUGAUGACCCGGGGUACAUCAGGUCAUAACAAGAAGAAACGAGAUGAAAGUCAGAAUCAAUUUCUAUCACGAUUAACACAUUUAUAUCUGGAAGAGAAAGGAAUAGAUGAUGUGAAUGAAUUAGGAUUAUGUAGAAAUCUGGUUGUAUUGUAUCUUUAUGAUAAUCAACUGAUUAAAGUUCCAGCUUUACAUCAAAAUAACAACCUAACACAUUUAUAUCUUCAAAAUAAUUUUAUACGAAAAAUAGAAGGUCUUUCAACUUUAACACAACUAACUAAAUUGUAUCUGGGAGGUAAUGCAAUAACAGUUUUAGAAGGAAUUGAAAACCUACGUCUGUUACAAGAACUACAAGUUGAAAAUCAACAGUUACCAUUAGGAGAAAAGUUAUUAUUUGAUCCCAGAUCAUUAAAUUCUAUAUGCCAAUGUAUACAAGUGCUGAAUAUAUCCGGUAAUAAUAUAGACUGUAUUAGAGAACUAGAAAAUGCUCGCAAACUAUUUCACUUAAUGUGUAGUGACAAUAAUAUCAGUGAUUUAAAGGAACUGUCCCAUGUUUUAAAUCGUCUGACACAGUUAAGGAGAUUAGAUCUAAUUGGUAAUCCUAUAUGUCAUAAAGCUAAAUACCGAGACAGGAUUAUAGUCAUGUCUAAACAGUUACAAAUGUUAGAUGGUAAAGAAAUUACAGAUACAUCACGGCAAUUCUUACAGAACUGGCAGGCAACCAAAGAGGCCCAGAAGAAAAAGAAGGAAGAGAUGAAUAAAAAUGGCUACCCAGAAGGUAAUGACUCUUAA